AACUGUAACGCUCUUUUGUCCCGCCCCUCAAACCCCACCUUCCCAUUAUAUCUCACCUGCCAUAUCUCCUCUUCUAUCCUUGUCUCUCAAAUAUUUCCCUUUAUCUAUUUCUUUUUUGAGAUUAAUUUUAUCGUCUUCUAAUCUGCAGAAUUUGGGGCAUCUUUUUUAUUGUGUUUGUUUCUUCGCAUGGAGGGUUUCGGGAGAAUUGAGUCUCGGACGAGUUCAGAGGCCUCCGCCGCUGAGUUGACUUGUGAGAGGUCACCCGGGUUUGCUCACCAAGAACAAAUUCCAAGCUUGGAUUCUCUAGUGACAGAAUCUACCUCUACAGAAUGGACAGAUGAGAAGCACAGUUUGUACCUUAAAUCCAUGGAAGCAUCAUUUGUUAACCAGUUAUAUGAUUCUAUGAAUUUUCUUGGUUGGAACUCACGGAAGAAGAAGUUACCAGGAUCAACAUCAUCAAGGCACACACAUUGUACCGCUUCUGGCCAGUUUAAAGUUCUUCGAGGUGGCUGCUGGAAGAAGAUCAAUUUUGAAAGACCUGGAUUUCAACUAAGUAAAACGGAUGACUCUAACUGUUUUGUGGCAAGUCCUUGGAUUCAGCACUUCAGAUCUGGAUCUAGGUCUCGUGUUUUAGCCUCCUUGAGUCUUCAAGAUAGUGCUUCAUCCGAAGAAGUGUCAGAUCAGAACUUUGUCGAUGAGGAACAAGGUGAAAAGACUAGCAGUGAAUGCAGCUCCAAGAAGCUGAAAACUCUGGCAACUGAUGCUUCAUGCAAUGAUCAGGUAAAAUUUAUUAGCAUUGAUCCUUUGAUUAUAACUAAGAAAAAACAUAAAUCACAUUUUUUAGUCCUAAUUUUCUGGCAUCUUUCUCAUUUUGUUUUAAGGUUGUUCCAUAAUUUGAAGCUUCUUUUACCAGAAGUAGCUAAGCAUGUAUCGCUGUAGCUUGAUAAAGGGCUUCCACCUGGGAAACUCAUUUUGAAAGCAAAUAUUUUGUGUAAUUACAUCCUGAUACAGUGAGCAAACCGAAGGAAACUCAAUAGAUAUUAAUAUUUGGUGACUUCUGUAACCUAGAUUUCAAUUACUUAACGCUUGUGUUACCUGCAUAUUCACGUAUACUUGACACCAGCAGAGACAGAGAGAUCGGAAUAGUUCAUGCAGGGCAGUUUCUUCUUGUAAAUAUAGCAAGUGUGGCAUUUUUAUUUAGUUCUAGAAGGAUGAGUUUUGAGUCGAGAACAUUCCAUGUUGAUCUACUGAUCAUGUUCUUUCUGUCUAUCUGUACAUAUAUUAUUCUCACUAUCAUGCAAUUUUUGAAUUUUGAAUGUGAUAUAUUGUUGUCCUCGUGUAGUGUAAUAAAGGUUUGUAGUGAAAGCUACAAUGAGUAAAAACAAUGCAUGAAUUGCUGCAUUGCACAGAAUUGGUUGGCACAACCAUCGCCAACUCUGUUGAUUUUGCAGUUAAAAGAGAGUGUUUUUAGGUGAGUUUUGUUGCUAGUUGAUAGUGUGAGUUAAGGGAUGCAACUUUAUCUUGUCUUGAUUCAUUGCAAAAGGAAAAGGAAUAAGUAAAUUUUGGAAUUUGCUUUAUGGUUGGCCUAAUAGUUGAGCUACUACUAACCUUCUUGAGGGACAAUCUUGGUUAUUGGUUUGUGAAUUCUUGUGAUGCAACUUCAUGCAAUUCUUGUGAAAGUAUACUGGUCAACCGAAAGCACCAUAAGAAAAUCAUCUACGUGAGGGGUUUUUAGGUUUUUGAACUCUAUCAACGAGGUUAAAUUACUUCGAUUCAAUCGGUAUGGAUCUAAAUGACUUCGAUUAGAUCUAAAUUAUUGUAAUUCAAUUGAUUAUUUCGAUUCAAUUUUAAAGAUCGUUGAAUUUACUAAUUGAUCUUUGAAUUUGUUGAUAGACGAUUUUUAUUAUCAACAGUUUGAUUCUUUUUUAUCAUCGAGGACGAUGGAAUUCU